CCAGUCUCCAGUUCUUUUAAUUUCUUUACCCUUUCUUCCCCUACGGUUACCUUCUUUUCUACUCGUAGACGCGCAAGCUCGUCAACUUCUUUCUUCAUCACUAGGUCUCCCAAGUUCUAGGAGCUCUUUCAACUUCAUCUUCACAGAAGCAGCUGUGCUUGUUUCUUUCGUGGUCCUUUCUCAUAAUUCAGAAGGCUAUCACAGUUCCUCACUGCCCAUAACUGUGUCUGGAGCACAGUAGAUAGUGGACGUGGUAUCAGCACCAGGGCAAUCGCUAAAAAUUUCGCUACUACUUUCUUUACAUUUUACGCCCUCUCAAUACUAUUCAUCAUCGGCAUGUCGUUGACUGUCCAGUCCUGGCCCGGAAUUGCCCUUAUUUUAUGGGCUUACCUCAUAAGGAUAACCAUAGGUGCACCAAUUCCUGUAACAUCCGAGGGUCUUGGUGAAAUAGGAUCCUUGAGCAGUAUCGCUCCAAUGGCAUUCGCGUUUGCUGUCGAAGCAUCCGGGGAUUUUAUGGAUUUCGUGUUGGAGUCUGAGUCGGGACUAGGCCUUGAAAGUCUCGAAAACUCGCGCGAAGAUAUCUUGGAUGCUUUUGAUGUGCAGAUGAAUAUUAAUGAUGCGGAGCGGAUUUUAGCACUCGGGGAGCCUGAGCCAUUUUACCUGGAUUUUGACCUUGAUUGCGAUUCCGAUACGGAUGCUUUCGAGGACGAAGACUAUGUUGUCAUUGAUUUCGAUGACUAUAUUGACGUUGAUAGAGAUGAGGUCUAUGAUAGAGACGAGGACUACGUCGACAUUCGUGAGAACGAAAGCUAUGUUGCCACCGAUUCCAGCGACAAUGAUCUGCUUAAGCUAGGCGACGAGGACAAUAUUGUCGCAGACCUCGAUUGGGAUAAGGUUCGAACGGAGACGCUCAAGUUCAACCAAGUUAACAGGAAAAGGUCGCGGAGACAGCUGAUGAACCCGUAUAUACCUCCUUACAAGAUUGUUUAGGGUCGUAUUGCGAUUUUCCAGCUUGACGCCUGAAAAUAUCUAUGGCUAAGCGCCGAGCAAGACCAAUCAACAAUUUAUGUGACCUCUACGAUUGAUUAAACUCCUCUCUGUAAUUUCUAUCUCACUGAGGGACGCUUGUGAUAAGACGCAGCGGACAAGAUUCACAGACGCAGUGGCGAAGUAUCU